AUGUCGUUGACGAAGCUGAUGAACACGUCCCACUGGAAACUGGAGCCCUGUCCUGAAGAAAAUAAAAACAUCCAAGUGGUGGAACUUCCCAUCGUAGGCAGGUUAUCUCAGGACCUAAGGCCGGACUUCCUGCCAUUGGCAAUCCCAGAAGACAUCUCAGAGAGACUGGAAAGAGUACAUGGUAACCCCGCCGUUUGGUGGAUAGGUCAGAUCAUGACCUACAUUCUGAGACCUCAGCCUCAACUCCAAGAAUUCAUGGACAAUGAGACAGCGGCCUUAGGAUUCACACAUCCGAUUGUUGGCAUUCAAGUAAGGCGUACAGAUAAACUCUUCUGGGAAGCCAAAUUUCACGGUAUCGAGGAGUACAUGGUCUACGCCGAAGAAUUCUACCUGGAAUUGGAGAAGAGACAAGAAGUGCCGGUCAGGAGAAUCUUCUUAGCAACAGACGAGGCCAGUCUGCUCGAAGAAGCCAAAAAAAAAUAUCCUGGUUAUGUGUUUGUGAGUGACAAUAAUAUAUCUCAGUCAGCUAAAGUAUCAACAAGAUUGUCAGAGGAAUCUUUUAUGGGUAUCAUCGUUGAUGUUUAUCUUUUGGUUUGUCGACUAGCUUAUGAGAUGAUGCAGCAUUACCACGUGGAUGCUGCCACCAAAGUCCGCUCCAUUGACAUGAACUACUACUUUCAUGGUCAGACUCCAAAUAGCUUAGGCAAAAAAGCCAAGAUGCCUGUGUAUGAAGGGGCUGAGAACGUUCACUUGUAA